UCACGUGCUCGGCCUGCCCAGGCCCGGCCCUGCGUUCGUCCUGUUCCGACUCCACCGGUUUCUUUUGCGGCUAUCGUCGACGCCGAACACGGAGAGGGAGAGGGAGAGAGAAGGUUCCAGAUCCGCCUCCGCCCGUCCGGCCCUCUCCGCCCACCGGGGCCCGAAGACCGUCGGCAACAUGGAAGGUGGUGGUGGUGAUGGUGGUGGGGGGGGGAGGAGCGGCGCCCCCGCCACGGACCCACCCAACGCCUGCCCCGCCUGCGGACGCGGGUUCAGGCGGCCCGCCGACCUCAAGAGGCACCGGUGCCGGCGGGGCCGGGAGCGGCCGUGCCGGUGCGGGGACUGCGGCAGGGGCUUCGGCUACCCCUCCGAGCUGGAGGCCCACCGGCGCGGCCACACCGGGGAGCGGCCCUUCGCCUGCCCCCAGUGCGGGAGGGGCUUCGCCCGCGCCUCCGACCUGGGGACCCACCGGCGGGCCCACGCCGGCGAGCGGCCCUUCCCCUGCUCGGCCUGCGGCAAGGGAUUCGCCCAGUCCUCCGAGCUGCUGGCCCACCGGCGGGUCCACACCGGCGAGCGGCCCUUCCCCUGCCCCCAGUGCGGGCAGGGGUUCGCCCAGUUGUCCGACCUGCGGGUGCACCGGCGGGUCCACACCGGUGAGAGGCCCUUCGCCUGCCCCCAGUGCGGCAAGCGCUUCGCCCGCUCGUCCAACCUCCUGACGCACCAGCGGGUCCACACGGGGGAGAGGCCCUUCUCCUGCCCGGCCUGCGGGAAGGGCUUCACCCGCUCGUCCCACCUCCUGACCCAUCGGCGGGUCCACACGGGGGAGAGGCCCUUCACCUGCCCUUCCUGCGGGAGGGGCUUCACCCAGUCCUCCUACCUCCUGAUCCACCAGCGGGUCCACACCAGCGAGCGGCCCUUCAUCUGCUCCGAGUGCGGCAAGCGGUUCAUCCGCUCCUCCGACCUGCUGACCCACCAGCGGGUCCACACCGGGGAGAGGCCCUUCACCUGCUCCGAGUGCGGGAGGGGCUUCACCCAGUCCUCCUACCUCCUGAAGCACCAGCGGGUCCACACCGGGGAGCGGCCCUUCCCCUGCUCCGACUGCGGCAAGCGCUUCACCCAGUCCUCCCACCUGCUGAAGCACCAGCGCGUCCACACCGGGGAGAGGCCCUUCCCUUGCUCGGCCUGCGGCAAGCGCUUCACCCGAUCGUCCAACCUGCUGAGGCACCAGCGGGUCCACACCGGCGAGAGGCCCUUCACCUGCCCCGCCUGCGGGCAGGGGUUCACCCGCUCCUCCAACCUGCUGAGGCACCGGCGCGUCCACACCGGGGAGAGGCCCUUCAUCUGCUCCGAGUGUGGGAAGGGCUUCACUCAGUCGUCCCACUUGCUGACCCACCAGCGAGUCCACACGGGGGAGCGGCCCUUCGACUGCCCGGCCUGCGGCAGAGGGUUCUCCCUGUCGUCGGCCCUGCUGAGGCACCAGCGGGUCCACACCGGCGAGCGGCCCUUCACCUGCCCGGCCUGCGGCAGAGGGUUCGCCCAGGCCUCCGACCUGCUGACCCACCGGCGGGUCCACACUGGCGAGCGGCCCUUCACCUGCCCCGAGUGCGGCAAAGGGUUCGCCCAGGCCUCCAACCUGCUGAGCCACCGGCGCCUCCACACCGGCGAGCGGCCCUUCCCCUGCUCCGCCUGCGGCAAGGGCUUCCCCGACUCGGCCAGCCUGCUGGCCCACCAGCGGCUGCACACCGGGGAGCGGCCCUUCGCCUGCCCCGAGUGCGGGAAGCGGUUCACCCUGUCCUCCCACCUGCGGCGGCACCGGCGGGCCCACGCCGGGGAGCGGCCCUUCGCCUGCUCGGCCUGCGGCAAGGGCUUCUCCCAGUCCUCCGACCUGCUGGCCCACCGGCGGGUCCACACCGGCGAGAGCCCCUUCGCCUGCCCCGAGUGCAGCAAAGGGUUCACCCAGGCCUCCAACCUGCGGCGGCACCGGCGGGUCCACACCGGCGAGCGGCCCUUCACCUGCUCCGCCUGCGGCAAAGGGUUCACCCAGGCCUCCAACCUGCUGAGCCACCGGCGCGUGCACACCGGCGAGCGGCCCUUCACCUGCUCUGAGUGCGGCAAGGGCUUCACCCGCUCCUCCUACCUGACGAAACACCAGCAGCUUCACAAGUGACAGGCUGCUCCGAUUUCUACCCGGCGGGAGCUGAUUCUCAGCGCCGCCGAGAAAGGAGGCGUGCUUGUCGAAGCUCUCCACCUUGCGCUCAUCAGGACAGCUACAAGAAUACCAAAUUUCCGAGGGAAGGCUUUGUACUACCUCAGAAAAGGACGCUGGCCGCGGGUGGGGUUGAGAUGUCGACUUGGACAAUCGGCCGGGGAUCUAUUGUCCCCCCCCACCCCCGCCGAUCUUUAAAAAUGCCCAACGCCUGGCCAGGUCCCUUGCAUGUGAACAUAGGCACCUUGUAGCAAGUAUAAGUGAGCCACAUUGCAAGCCCAAACCGAUGAGUCUUAAGCCAGGAAGAUGUCCUGCCAACCGUACCGGCGGGUGGCGUGUGAAUUUAAGUGCGGGCGCGAUGCCCGGUACAUGUGCCGUCCGCCCCACAGCUGACGGAUCCGAUCAAACAGCUCGGCGAUUGGACAGCACUGUCCGAGUAAUCCUGAGCGUGCCAAGAAUCCCAGCAACUACCCUCGAACCGGGGGAAAGUUGCGCGGCCCCAGAAAGAGGCCAUUCGGCCCAUCGUGUCUGCACCAGC